UUUAGGCGGUGAUAACCAUAAUCUCAUUUGGCAGUGAGGCAGAGAAACUCGUUUCAAAACUCUGCAGAAGUUCAACUUGGAAAAGGAAGACAACGGUUUUUGCUUCUCAAGGAAGGAUGGGAAACACAAAGAGCAGCGCUUUGUCAAAGGAACUCCUGGAGGAGCUGAAAUCUAACACCAAAUACAGCGAGGCUGAGCUCUGCACAUGGUACCAGUCCUUCCUGAAGGAGUGUCCCAGUGGGAAGAUCAGCAAGGAGCAGUUUGAAGGCAUCUAUGCCAGCUUUUUUCCAGGAGCGGACCCCUCUGCGUACGCACGGCAUGUCUUCAGGAGUUUUGACACCAACGCAGACGGCACACUGGACUUUAAGGAGUACAUUGUUGCUCUUCAUCUCACUUCCGGAGGAAAGACUCUGCAGAAGCUAGAGUGGGCCUUCGCCUUGUAUGAUGUAGACGGCAACGGGACCAUCAGUAAAAGCGAGAUCCAAGAGAUCGUCAGGUCAAUAUUCAACAUGAUCCCUGCUGAGGACCAGAAGAAACUUCCUGAAGAUGAAAACACUCCGGAAAAGAGGGCUGAAAAAAUCUGGGCAUUUUUCGGAAAAAAGGAAAAUGAUAAAAUAACAGAAGGAGAAUUCAUUCAGGGAGUGAUGGACAACAAGGACAUCCUACGUUUGAUUCAGUAUGACGAACCACAGAGGAUCAAGGACAAGCUGAAAGAGAAGAAGCAAUAAAGCAGGAGCUGAAAAACUCAGAAGAAAAGACGACUUGUGGUUUUAAGACUGAUUCUUUGUUUAUGUUUUAACUUCAUGUGACAGCCUGUCUGUCUGAUUGUUCACCAACUGAACAGUUUUGCUUCUGAUUUUGUAACCAGAAAGUUAUAAAAUGACAUGAUCCCACC